AUGAUGGCCUUAGUCUCCGUCGUCUCCCUUUUCCUUCUUGCGUUCUUCGCCCUUGGGCAGCUAGGGUCCAUCCAAUCACCGGGCAGGUUUACCGCAACCUUCGAGAGACCCGAACAUGAAGAAAACUUGCUCCUUUCAAAGGCUAGAGGUGCUGCGGCCGGCGACAAGUAUCUGAUCGGAGUUGGCAAGGCCGACAUCACUGGGCCAGUGGUCGAGAUCAACUUUGCCGGCUAUGCCAAUACCGAGCAAAAAGGCACCGGAGUCCGGCAACGCAUCUACUCGCGAGCCUUCAUCAUUGGUGAAGUGGAUAACCCAACCAAUCGGUUUGUUUAUCUCGUUCUCGACACUCAAUCAGGCGAUACCGCGGUCCGAAACGGUAUCCUCGAGGGUGUGGCGGCGCUUGGGUCCGGCUAUUCCAUGUACGGGAGAUCAAAUGUUGCCGUAACAGGCACACAUUCGCACAGCGGGCCGGGAGGGUGGUUCAACUAUCUCUUACCGCAGAUUACCAGCUUCGGCUUCGACCGACAGGGCUACCAGGCGAUUGUGGAUGGCGCUGUGCUGUCGAUAAAGAGGGCGCACGAGUCGCUCCAGGAGGGCUAUCUGGACUUCGCUACCACAAGGAUUUCAGACGCCAACAUAAACCGUAGCCUAUAUGCCUACCUCGCUAACCCUGAGUCAGAGAGAGCACAAUACGCUGACGACGUCGACAAGACCAUGACUCUUCUGAGGUUCAAGAGAGCAUCUGACGGGAAGGAUAUUGGCGCAUUGACUUGGUUCCCCGUCCACCCAACCUCCAUGCUUGGGAACAACACUCAUGUUACCGGCGAUAAUAAGGGUCUGGCGGCUUAUUUCUUUGAGAAAUCGGUCAGAGGAAGCGAUGGAGCUGCCGAUGGCUUUGUGGCCGGCUUUUCCCAAGCAAACGUGGGCGACACGUCUCCAAACACCCUAGGAGCGUGGUGCGAUGAUGGAUCUGGCCAAAUGUGCGAUUUCCAGACCAGCACUUGCGGAGAUGGCAAAUCACAAUCUUGCCACGGGCGAGGGCCACUAUUUUACAAGCUCGACCUCGGCGUGUCAAGCUGCGUCGAAAUCGCAAAGAGGCAGUUUACGGGAGCCAAGUCACUCUAUGACUCCCUGGAUUCCCAGGCGACAUCUGUUGUUGGUGCUUCGGUUAGAUCGUUCCACUACUUCCAAGAUAUGCAGUACUACACAUUCCCCUUGGACAACGGCACGCUGGUACAGACAUGCCCGGCCGCCCUAGGGUAUUCAUUCGCUGCAGGGACCUCGGAUUGGCCCGGUGCCUUUGACUUCACUCAGGGCGAUUCAGGGGCUCCAAACAACCCACUAUGGCAGGCAGUGUCAGGCCUUCUCCGGACACCAAGCGCCCAGCAGAAGAAAUGUCAAGAGCCCAAACCCAUCCUUCUUGAUGUCGGCGAGAUGAGCGUCCCGUAUGCUUGGUCCCCGAAUAUUGUCGACGUCCAGACGAUGCGUGUGGGCCAGUUCAUCAUCAUCGUCUCACCGUCUGAAGCGAGCACCAUGGCUGGCAGACGCUGGCGCAACGCCGUCAAGUCCGCUGCUACCGAGCUGUCCCUCACCGGGACUAUAGAGCCUUAUGUCGUCCUCGGUGGCCCCGCGAACUCGUAUGCACACUACGUUACCACGCCCGAGGAGUUUCGUGUCCAACGGUACGAAGGCGCGAGUACUCUGUACGGCCAGUGGGAGCUGCCGGCCUACAUUAAUCUCACCCUGCGCGGCCUGCCCUACCUCGCUCCCACAGCAUCCGGUAGCCCCCCGCCUGGGCCAACCCCGCCCGACAACCGUGAAUCCAGCCUGAGCUUUAUCACGGGCGUCGUCAUGGACAACGCUCCCGCCGGGUCCAGCUUUGGCACCUGCACGCAACAGCCCGCCAGCUCAUACGCCCGCGGCGCUGUAAUCAACGCCACCUUUGUCGGCGCCAACCCCAGGAAUAACCUCCGUUUGGAAGGCACUUUUGCGGCGGUCGAAAAACUUGGCAGUGACGGCCGGACCUGGACGAGGGUGUUGAGCGACGACGACUGGCGGCUGGUGUAUACAUGGACGAGGACAAAUGGUCUGCUGGGAUACAGCGAGGUUACCAUCACGUGGGAAACGAAUGAGGAGGAGGAUGUAGCCGGGACAUAUCGUAUCCGGUAUUACGGGGAUUCAAAACCCUUGAUUGGAAGCGUUAGGGCUUUCGAAGGAGUUAGCAACACAUUCACACUGAGCUGA